AAUAAUGGAAAACACACGAGUCCGUAGAAGUACGGACGAAUGCGCCAUUUGCUUGGACAACAUUCAGGAGAAGAAAACCUUAAAGUGCUCUCACUCUUUCUGCGCUGCGUGCAUCAACUCGGUUUUCAAGUUAAAGCCCGCUUGUCCGAUAUGCAACACCUACCACGGAGAGUACACGGGGACCCAGCCCGAGGGCUCGAUGACGGUGACGCGCAGCUGGCAGCGCCUGCCUGGCUUUGAGCACUGCGGAUCUAUUGUCAUACAGUACAGUUUCCCAGCAGGGAUACAAGGGCCUGAACACCCAAACCCUGGGGUGAGGUACAGCAGCACCUCCCGUACUGGCUUCCUACCAGCCAGCGAGGAGGGUGAAAAAGUCCUGAAGCUGCUGAGGAAAGCCUUCGACAGGAGACUCACCUUCACCAUUGGACAAUCUGUCACCACGGGCCUCAAUAACGUCAUCACCUGGAAUGACAUUCACCACAAGACCAACAUGGAUGGUGGUCCACAAUGUUUUGGAUAUCCAGAUCCAGAAUAUUUGUUCAGGGUUCAAGAGGAGCUUCGUCUUAAAGGAGUAACACAGGAUGAUUGAUGGGUGAAGAUCAUCAGAAGACAUCCUUCAAAUAGAUUUGACUCUUUGUAUUUUUACAAAGUCUCUGAUUUCAGGUCUGCAUGUUUUGCAGUCCUCAAGCAGGGAUCAUCAUCACUGAGAUGUUUUUAUUCUAUGAAGGUUAGUGGUUAUUCACAAAAAUGUUUUAAACGUUCAACCAACUAUGCAAAAACCAAAGCAGGCAUAGGAGACAGAGCAGGUGCAAGCACUUGUCACCUGUGAAAUUAUUAGGUUAAGUUUCCUAGGGAAAUGAGGGAUCAUAGUGUUUUUGGCAAUGUCAGGGUAUUCUGUUUAAAGCAUCAUGUGAUAUUUUGUAUUUCUUUUUUUAUUGCCAUAGAUCUCACAGAAAACCAAUUGUUUUGGAUGUGUAGUCAAAGCCAUUGUUGUCCAAAACCUAAUACAAAUAUAGAGGACAUGUUCCUUCAUUACAAUGAACACGGAAACUGUAGUUUGUAUCAAGGUGAUCCCACAUACACAGUUCAGCUGCUGGUAAUAUUUACUAACUCACCACAUUCACAGCUGAAAAUAGUCCCCAACAAAUACACCAUGUACUCCUGUUUGAGUAACAUUAGCUCAAAACUACAGUAUCCAGCUGUUUUAGGGAAUACUUUACCAGUGUUUAAAAUUAAAAUACAUACAGUGUAACAUAUUUAAAGAUUUAUAUCUCCAGUAAUACAGAAUUGGCUCAGGGAUGAGUGACAUGGACAGGAAGGGGAAGUCAGAAAGUAUUGACAGAUUGACAAUAACCAACAUAUAGAAUAUUUGUCUUAUCAUACGGCACCUUUAAUACAUCUUAAUUCAUUAUGUGCCUUUAUAUGACAUCAUUCAAUGUAUUAGUGGCCAACAAAAGGAGUUAUCUGAAGUCCAGUCAUGUAUCUAUCCUAAAUGUUUUAGUCCAAAAACAUCUUUGAUAUAUUUCAGUCCUGUCUUUUGCCUGUCCGUUCCACUAGAGGGUGAUGCUCUCUCAUAGGAAGACCAUGUGAUGGCGUCUGCUUGGUAUGCAGCUGUAUCAUCAUCACAAACCCAACGUCCUGCAGCACCUCCCAAACCUCAUCGCCCAAAGUCAGUGAGAGGAGCAGAGCAUCUGCUAUAGAUGAUGAGUCAUGUGUUUCUAUGGUGUUCGGGGGAGUUUUAGCAGUAGCGUACUAAAGACUCGAGAUGACUUGUGGUAGUGACAUGCACAGACAGCAGCAGAUUCAAUUGAAAGGUCAACAAAAAUAAAAUAAGUCAAGGCUCAUCUGUUGAUGGAUUUAAUGUUAAAUGUGUAACAAGUGUCCUCGGCAUCACUAGCACAAAUAAAAAGGAAAAAAGCAUUUGUAUUGGCUCACGUCUCUUUUAAUGCAGGACACACGAGCUCUGUUUUUGCUUUUCGCCAGGCUCUCUGACCAGCAUCCAUUUGACCAAGGUACAACUGAAAUGAAGUAUAUCCAGAUGAUCUUCUUCUUAGUGGCAACAGUACAGAGUUAUGGGAAGAGGAAAAUACCUUUUAACCUAUACUUCUAUAUCAGAAAGAGUGCACAUGUGACAAGGCGGAGUUACUGGGCUCGGCCUCUUUAGCACUCUGGUGUUUAGCGGCUGGAGGCAUUUCUGUGGCCCAGGAUCUCAGGGCAUCUGGUGCUCUCACAAAGCAGACCAGGACCCAUCUGGUCAAAUCUAACCCCCCACACUUGCCUUUUCUCACAUAAUUCAUCAGUCCACUCCACUCAUUACUUAUCAUCAUCCUUUUUCCUCUCUCGUCCCUGAUUUCUAUUAACUGUUGUCUAUGUUUUUUUUUAAUCUACUAAUUAUUUUCCUUUCUGCUGUAGUAGCACAUACCUGAUACAACUUCAUGAAUAUUUCAGUAGAUAUUUGCAUAUUUUAUUUUGAAUUAUUACUAUGUUUUAGACAUUUUAACAGAAGAUUGACUGAAAGUGGCGGACUAGAAAACUGUCUCUACGCAGUGGAGCAGAUUGUGACACAAAAAGAAAAUUGAGUAGUGAACAUCCAGAGAGGUUCUCUGGAAAUGUAACCUACUUUUGAACACAUAAUAUUCCAUGUGAACUGCUGAAGACAUUUUCCAAAUGAAGACAUCCUCCCACCUGACUAUAUUUCUUCAGGCAUUAUUGUUCAAGUGCAAAAUAUAUUGUUUAAACUGCAAGAAAAUUGUAUUGGCUUUUUGUUUGCACUUAAAAAGACUUUGCGUCCAGAAUUUACAUUGAAAUUGAAUGACUGUUUGCCCUUCUCUGCAGGUGUUUGCCUUCCCUGUCAUUGUCCAUCUGGACAUCUGAAUAGGUGCAAAUAAUUACACAAAUGUAACCAGAGGUAUAAAUAUGUAUCACUGAUUAUGCAGAGCAAUAUUGUGGGUGGAUUCAACAUCAAUGUAAAUGGCUAGUGACAAGCCGCCUCUAUAAAAUGGAUUGAUGACAGACUGAAAAUAAGCACCUUAGUGUAUGGAUUACGACCGAUGCAUCUGUAGCUGCUUACAUUCAUUUCCAUCAAGCGUCGCUCUGCUCUGUUGUGGCAGGAUGACUUUAAUAUUCUCCCCGUCAGGCACUGGAAAUAGUACCACGGCUUUGGUGAUUUCAUGUUUCUAGGUGUGACUGUAGACGGCUACUCAGGAGGGGCUCCCAACAAACACGCAGACGUGCAUGCCCUUCAGACGAGAGAUGUGCAGCAUUUCCUGUACUAGAGAUGAUAAGAAAAUCAUUAUGUGACAAUGCAGAGCUGUUGUUCUCGCCCCCUCUCCCCACUGCGCUCCUUAAUUAGAGUGUCUCUGGCUGCGGGGAGAGCCCUGGCACAUUGCCUGCCUGCCUCCUCAUCCUCUCAUCCUCUGGUGGUAAAGCCACCCUAUCACAGAAAUACCUGUCUAUCUGGGUGCAGAGCGCGCUACUCUUUGUCUCCCUUCACUGUAAUGAGGAUCAACUCCACCAGACGUACCCUACUUUUGUAUACCUUUUGAAGGUAUAUGUUUUUUUUAUAUCUUAACACAGUUUCCUGUUUUAAUUCCAAGGUUGAUAGAAAUACAGAUUUUCUGUCUACUCUGAAUUAAAAGUAUUCAUAUCCAAAUCUUGGAGGGACGUACAAGGAUAUUUCAGGCUGUGUUUGUAUGUAAAUUGACAGGAGGAGGCAUCUGUUUCUAUACCCCACUCUGUGUGACAGAAUGUCAGCCCACCGCUGACAUGCUCAUUCACUGAGCCUGAGGCUGUUUGCUUAAGAACAGCAAAGUGAAGGUGGGUGUGUGGGUACUUGUGCUUCUGUGGCUUUUGUCUGGUGCCCUUGACUGCAUCUGUGCAUACAGUACGGAUAUGCACUAGUGAAGACUUGUGUGUGUUUAUCGAGGCAGUUUCUUACAUUCUCUUCUCUGAUUCAUAGCCGGGGCUACACGGCUUUUUGUCUGCCUGAUUUAGCGGAACAGACCCUCUGCUUUUCUUAGUAACGCUGACAGAUUUACUGACUUACCUUACAGACAGGACACAACAGCCGAGCUGGCAACUAUCGGGGUCUUUGGCUGGGUUGUCAACGUCACAGAUUGAAUGCUCUGCUCAAGCUGUUCUUCAUUAGCGACAGCCGAGAUAUGAGUAUAGCAGCUCCAUCAUCUGUCCUCUGUAAGAGAGAUUAAAAUGUCCUGUAAUUACCAAAACUUAAAUCAGUUAGUUGUUUACAUGCUUAUAUAAGUGUUUUUGUUCAUAUCAAACACAAAACCCAACCUCAUAAUCUAAUUUGUGUGAAACGGCAAUAACAGGCUGCAUAGCAACAUGAAAAUAUUAGACAACAGCUGAACAAAAUCUGCUGCAAAUACAUUUUAGGACAUAUUUUCUGGGUGCAUUUAGGAAGGCCAAACUCUUUUGUUGUCUUUCCUGUCUGCGUCCUCGGCCUUGGCCAUCCACUCUCAGACUGCCUCAUGUAAGCGCAAUUAGCUGUGGCUGUCAUGGCAACUAGCAUGACCUUUCUGUCACGAGAAUCUCAACCAAAGCCCAUCUUUCUUUUGAGCAACUGCAACAGCUGUCUGGAGCUUUUUUUUUUCACAUUAGUGGAUAAAAUGUUUAUUUUUUAUGACAAAAAGCAGACUGAUGCUGGCAGAAAUGUGUCCCUCUGAAGAGACUUCAGACAGUAAUGUAUCCAUAAUCAGUUAGUGAUAAUGUGGAUUUCAAGUAUUGAUGCAGGAUGGUAUAUUAGGAAGGUUGUAUCCAGUGGCACCUAUACUGUAUGUGUUCCCCAACGAGACUUUGUAGGCACCAGUUAUGAUCCUGCUUGAAUAGCAAUGAGCCCUUUUACCUCAUUCAUAUAGAGCAGAUCUCUAGUUCGGCAUACCUUGACAUACAUGUACACGUGAAUAGGAAGUACAGUUUGCUCUAUAAAUCCAAAAUUAGGAGUCAAAAUUACAUAUCAAAUCCUGUGUUUGGAUUUCAUCCCCAUGUAUUUAAACCUAUAGACUACAGAAGGGCUAAUGUAAUUUGUUGUUUUCUGAAGAAUUGGCAAAUUGCAGAGGCCACAGAGAAAGCAUCAUUAUUAUAUCAAGAUUUGGGCUCAGGCACAAACCUGUGAACAAGCAUGCCCAGAAUUUGUUCAGGCACAAAAAAAUGUGCUUGAAUUGUACAGUGCCUUCAAAAAGUAUUCACCCCACUUGGCGUUUAUCCUCUUUUGCUGCAUUAUAACCUGGAAUCAAAGAUUUUUUGUUGAGAUUUUAUCUAAUGGACCAACCAACACAAAAUAGUCAGAAUAAGUGUGAAAUGAAAAAAAAAAACUUGUUUUAAAUAUAUCUAAAAACUAAAAAACUGAGUGUGGUGCAUGCAUAUAUAUAUUCAGCGCCUUUAUGAAGCCCCUAAAUGAGAUCUGAUGCUACCAAUUAGCUUCAGAAGUCACAUUUAAAUAAAGUCCACCUGUGUGCAAUCUAAGUGUCAUGUGACUGUCACAUGAUCUAAUGGAGAGUCAUUAAAUACAUUAUUACAAAAUGGAAAGAUUUUGGCACCGCAACCAACCUGCCAAGAGAGGAGCACCAUGGACCGGGCAAGGAAGACA